AUGGAGUACAUGAACCGUAUUUUUCAUACUUAUUUGGAUCGGUUUGUGGUAGUAUUCAUUGAUGACAUUCUGAUUUACUCUAAAUCGGAAAAAGAACAUGAAGACCACCUAAGGGUUGUGUUGCAAGUUUUGAAAGAUAGGAAGUUGUAUGCGAAGUUGUCCAAGUGUGAAUUCUGGUUGCAAGAGGUUAGUUUUCUUGGUCAUGUCAUUUCUGGUAGUGGCAUUGCCGUAGAUCCUUCUAAGGUAGAUGCUGUGUUGCAAUGGGAGGCUCCAAAGUCAGGUACUGAGAUUAGAAGCUUCUUGGGAUUAGCCGGUUAUUAUAGGCGGUUUAUCGAAGGUUUUUCUAAUUUGGUACUUCCGUUGACUAGGCUUACUUGUAAGGGUAAGGCUUUUGUGUGGGAUGUUCGAUGUGAGGAAAGUUUCACUGAAUUGAAGAAGAGGUUGACGUCGGCUCCGGUGUUGACUUUGCCUAAUCCAGGGGAGCCUUUUGUGGUAUAUUGUGAUGCUUGUUUAAUGGGUUUAGGUGGUGUACUCAUGCAAAAUGGUAAAGUGGUUGCUUAUGCGUCGAGGCAGUUGAGGACUCAUGAGAAGAAUUAUCCCAUACAUGAUUUAGAAUUGGUUGCAGUUGUUUUUGUGCUGAAAAUUUGGAGACACUACCUUUAUGGUUCCAGAUUGAAGUGUUUAGUGACCAUAAGAGUUUGA